AUGCAACGAACAAAGUUCCCAGCUUGGUUCUUAAGCCUCAUUGCAGUUUUUAAUCUCUUCCAAGUUCUUUCUAUUGGUUUUUGGAUUUACGCUCCUCCAUUUGAGCGAAGUACUGGAAGAUGGCACACGUUAUAUGAGACAUUAAUCAAGAUUUUUACUUUUCAGGACCCUCUAGAUUAUGAAGGAAAACAUAUAGUUAAUGUUUAUAUCUGUUUAGCUGUUUCAUUAUGUUCACUCAUAUGGAUCUAUUUGAUGAUUUUCUAUAACAAUAAGAAAUAUAUAAUUCCAACUCUACUAUUGUACAUAUCUAGCAUAGUAACAGACUUAAUAUGCCCUUCCUUCAUUACUCCUGCUACCUAUGUCUUAUGUCAUGGUAUCACUGGAAUGUCAUUCAAUUAUGACACAGUUUUUCUUGCGGAAAUCAUUGUUGGAUUUAUAUCAUACUGUUUAUUCCUGUUCACAUUUGUUUCCAGUAUUCUGUUGAAAUCUCGAUCAGUUGUAUUAACAAAUCUUCCAUUCCCAUUGUUUGAUUCAUCACCCAUUACAAUAUGGACAAUCAUGACAUCAUUUGGUUGUAUUUUAUCAGCUUUAAUUAAGUUCUUUGACGAUUGGUUUUAUGUGGUUCUCGGCGUUGUCCAUCUUUUAGCCACAUUAUAUGUUUGCUAUCGCCUAUCAUUCAUUCCAUUCUAUGAAGUUUGGAGAAACUCUACAUGUUUAGCGAUCGGAAUUACAACAUGUGCAUUGGAUUGCAAUUUCUUUGUUCUUUAUGCAGUCCCAUCAUUAACAUACAACUACACAAUCUUUGUAUUCCUUAUUGUCUUAUGUAUUGCUUAUAUUUUGACAACAAUUUAUUUCAUCAAGAAAGUUGCCAAAAUAAAACAGCAAUUAACAUACCAAGAAGAUGUUACAUCAGCAUCAGAAUAUUUGUCCACAUUAGGUAUCGAAAGAUCUUCUCAUCGCGCAAUGAUGUACAUUGUUGUCGGAUUAGCAAGAUUAGGUGAUUACUUUGUUGACGGAUCAUUAACAGAUUACAUUAUUAACAAUGAUUCACUCGAAGCAACAAUGUCUAUGCUUUUGCAAGUUGUCACAUUUUUCCCAUCAGAAUCUCGUAAAAUGGAUGUUUUAUUCAAGAAAUUAUUGAUGAAGAGAAAACUCUCAUAUGCAGAUAGAUUCUUAGUUUAUCAGGUCUACAGAAUCAAGACGAGAAGAUUAGUUUCAGAUACAAAAGAUACAUUAGAAAUGUUCAACAAACUGAAACAAAAGAAUGAUGACUGCAAAUCAAUGAUCAGAGGAUUAUGGGACCAGCCAAAUAUUGAUGUCGGUUUCUUAUCUUCAUUAUCAAUGAUUUUGAAUGAUGUCAAUGCUUAUUUCAAGUUCGCAAUCAGUACAAAUCCAAACAACCUCAGAAUUACUAAUGAAUACGCGAACUUUUUGGCCGAAUGUAUGACUGAUUUCGAUAGAGCAAUUGUCCAAUCAAUCAGAGCUGAAUACAUUGGUAAUGGCAAAAACUUCAAUGUCGAUAUCUCAUUCAGAAGUGUCGUCAACAAAUUCCCAAGAUACCUCAAGGACAACAUUCUCGAUACAAAAGGCAGAAGAGUUAUUAAGAGACAUCAAGGAAAUGAUGAUAGAUCACAAGCUUCAUCAUCGAAUGGCUCAAAUUCUAGUGGAAUGUCAUCAUCAUUCGAAUCAACAAAUUCUGUUGAUUUUGAACACCAAGAAAUUGUUUGCAAGAGAAUGUUGAGAGAUGCAAAAGUUAGAUUAGCUUUCCACCAAGGUAUUAAUGGAAUGAGACCAAUUCAAUCUACAUUAAUCAUUGGUGCAGCAACAAUUUUAAUCGUUACAUGCCUCUCAAUUAACAUCGGCUUCUAUGCUUUCUUCAUGAACAAGAUCGAAUGGAGAAGAACAUCAUGGAGUGACAUCAGAGUUAGUGCAUAUUCUCUCUUCUUCACUUAUUAUGCAGACUUCUUAACAGUAUUGAAAUGGGCAAAGAAUGUUGGAAAAUACGAUGAUUCAACUGCAAUUUUAGGAGAUGUUUCUAUUGAUAAUGGAACAACUGCACCUGUUGUAAGUGAAUCGCUUUCUUACCCAGGAAAAAUCAAUUAUGCUGUAAACUUUUCAAGGAAUUCAUUGAAGACAUUGUUAGACAGUUUUGCUGUUUUAGCAGAAUCAAACAAUAUUUAUACUAUUGCAACAAAUCUUUUGCAGCAAACAAGUGAAUUAAAAGUUUGCACAGAGGGCGCUCCAACACAAAUUUUAAGUGCAUCUGUCAAAGACCAAAUCAUCACAUUGAACUACUUCCAAGAACAAUUUGCUGGCGAUUUCAGCAUGAACACAUCAAUUCCAAACUUAUACAAGACUAAUGAAUGGUGCCAAGUUUACUUGAGCACUAUUAUUAUGUCUGAAAACUCUGCAAUUGCAAUGAAAUCAAUUCUUGAAUACAAUAUUAAUACUGCAAAUAGUUACACUAAGUUGUUCAAGAUCUGGAUGAUUGUUGGUGCAAUUUGCUUGUUCUUCUUCUCAGCUGCUCCAGCUUUAAUCAUCAUUAAUACAUAUAACUUCAUGAUCAAUAAGACUUUGAAGAUGUUAGUUGCAUUGCCACAAGCUGUUAAAGAAGAUUCAAAGAGACCUUUAGUUUUAGAUUCUCAAAAUGAAGAGCAAAGCCAUAACAAUAAAGUUAAACAGAGUCAUGCAAUGAAUAAUAUUGCUAAAUGUUUCUUCGCACUUUUGUUCUCAAUCAUCAUUAUCUUCUGUGUAAUGGUUUGGAAAGCAUGGACAUUAAACAAUAAAAUCUCAACAAUGUAUGCUUGGUAUUACUACUCUGCAGAGAGAGUUUUGGCUGCUAUUCAGACAGGCCAUAACGUUGUACAUCUCAUUUUGUUAGGAAAUGGCUCAAUAGAACAGAACAUAACAACAAUCCCUGAAUUAAGGAAUAGAUGUGUUGAAGAUUUGGAUCUUUUGAUUCAGACUAACAAUAUCUUAGUAAAUGGUAAUUCAGAUGUCAAAUCAAUCAUCGGAUAUGACAAAGCAUACGAUGCAGCACAAUUAGAAGAAAGCUGCAAAUUACCACAUGAUCCAAAGUCUGUUCAUGAUAUGUAUGCAUGCGCUGGUUUGGAAAGCCAAAUCACCAUUUUCAAGAACAUGGUCAAUGAUAUCUUGAAUAAUCCAACUAAAUACAAAGGAUCAAUCAAUGAUGAAGUUUCAGGAAAUGUUGCUCAUAUUUUGCAGUGGCAUUUCUUCUCAAAAGUUAUUCAAGGAACAAUCAGAAUGAGAGACAUCCUUGAGAACAAUUAUGUCAGUGGUACAAGAUUAGUUACAAUUUUACUCAUUGUAAAUGUUAUCUUGUCAUGUAUUAUUGAAGCUAUGCCAUGGUUGUUCAGAUACUUCGUCAAUGAGAACUACAAGGUCUUGCUGAUGUAUUUCAAGCACAUUUCACCACAAACAAUCAUUGACACACCAGAAAUCAUGAACGUCUUCAUGAGAAACAAGAAGUCCAACAAAGAAGAAAGGAUGACUAUUUCUAAGUCAAUUGUUAUGGAUGCAAGCGAAUGCAUUAUCAUCACAAACCAGUCUGCAGUUAUCCAAAUCAUUAACCCAAGUGUUCAAAACAACUUGGAUAUUACACCAGAUCAAAUGCUUGGUCAGCACAUUGCUAAUUUCGUUGCUGACAAAGAUCAACAGAGAUUGAAUCAACAAAUUGAUUUGAUGAUGUCAGGACAAGGAUCAAAUUAUUGGCAAGAUCAUAUUGAGUUAGUCAGUGAAACAGCUGAGUUGAUUCCAUUCGCUAUUACAAUGAUUGGCAUGAAAGACAGAGAAGAUUCAAACGAAAUCAGCUCAAUUCUUUUCAUUUUCACAAACGAAACAGAUGAAAUUAAGAAGAGAAAAGAUGCCGAAGAAGCCAAAGCUAAAUCAGAGAAAUUGUUGUAUCAAAUUUUACCAAAGGAUAUCGUUGUCAGACUCAACAGAGGAGAAACCGAUAUUUCUUUCACAAUUCCUGCAUCAACAAUUUUCUUCAUCGAUAUUGUCAAGUUCUCUGCUUAUGCUGCUUCUCUUACCCCAACUGAAAUUAUGGCAAACUUGUCAUUGGUAUUCGCAACAUUCGAUAAAAUUGUUGCCGAAUACGAAAGCAUCACAAAGAUCAAAUUAAUUGGUGAUGUUUAUAUGGCUGCUGCUGGUUUGUUCCAAGAUCCAAAUGAACAAAGUAACAAACACGCAGAAGAUGCUGUUAGAUGCUGCCUCCAAUGCGCCAAAUCAAUGGAAGAAAUUAAUAUGAAAUUGAAUGCUUCCCUUGAAGUAAGAAUUGGUGUAAACAGUGGUGGCCCACUUAUUGGUGGCGUUUUGGGAACAGAUAAACCAACAUUCGAUAUCAUUGGUGAUACAAUUAAUGUCGCUGCAAGAUUGCAAUCUACUGAUAUCCCUGGAAAUGUUCAAAUUUCCGGAAAUACAAAGGAAUUAAUCCAAGACUUAGAUUUCGUGAUCGAAGAAAGAGGCUCGAUUUACUUGAAAGGUAAAGGUAACCAAUUAACAUACUUCGUUUCUCUUAAACAGAAAUCAGAGUUCGAAGGAUCAUUUUCAUUAGCAACUAAUAACCAGUAA